UCUUGAAGAGUACUUUCCUUUUUAUUCGUUCAUACAUCCUUCUUGGCGUAUAUAGAUAUAUUGUCGACUAUCUGGAAUGGCAUUACCUAUUCAACCUAACAUGAGUCAUCCUCUUUCCGCCCUCGUGGUUGAUGAUUCUCAAAUGACCCGAAAGAUUCAUUGCCAUCUAUUGCAGUCCUUCGGGGUGCAAGCCCGCGAAGCAGAGAACGGGUUGGAAGCAGUGCAACUCUUGGAAUCAGGGAUGAAAUUUGAUGUAAUCCUCAUGGAUUAUGAGAUGGCUAUCAUGAAUGGGGCUGAGGUAACACGAUCGACACGUGAUAUGGGAGGUACAAGCAUCAUCUUAGGAGUCUCCGCAGUACUGGAUAAUGUAGCUCGCGAAGAGUUCAUAAAUUCGGGUUUAGAUGACCUUUCUGAUAAGCCUCUGACUCGUUCCGAUCUCAUUUGGUGGGUUACCAUCUAAAGAGACAGGGAACUCACUUCAACAUUUGCUCAAUAAUCGAGCCUUGCCCCAUGCAUUCCAAUGUUUGUAAUAACGAGUCUAUGAUCAGUGAGAAUCAGUUAGGAAUCUU